UUCUUGUCUCCACCUUCCCAAAACCCUCUCCGGCAAUUCGGCGGCCACCAGUCCUCUCGGCGGCGACCCAUCCGGCGGCGGAGGCGCCGGUUUCCCAGUCUACGAACAGUUCGCCGGCGAUGGCGUCUGCCGCGGAGCCCGCAGCCGGAGACGCCUCCACCGCGGCCGCGCCGGCGCGGGAGAAGCCCGUCGUCGUCCGGGUCAAGCGCAAGCCCUCGCAGACCCCACCCGACGCCUUCUGGCUAGAGAUCAAUGAGAGGCCCAUGAAGAAGGCCAUGCUCGAUUUGUCGAGCCUCUCCAUCUCCUCCCAGCCCUCCUCCUCCUCAUCCAAUGCACAAGCAGCUUCGGAAGAGCCGCGGGUGAAGAAGCUUCUCGUCCAACAUGUGGAGACGGUGCAUCGUUCUGAAGCUGUUGAAGAUGUUGUUCACUCCCUUUUGAAUACUGACUCGAGUUCCAAAGAGAUAAAGAACAAGACAAAGGAGUGGAAUGACAGAAUGAAGCAAGGCAUACAGAAACAAGACCAGCUACGUUCAGCAGCUAGACAGAGGCAUGAGGAUGUCGGAAGAAAUGCCCGCUUUGCACAAAUAUGGAGGAGUCGGACAGGUGACAAUAGUGAGGCUGCUGAAACGCUGAGAGAAUUGUGCCAUCUUUAUGAUGCUAUCCAAGUUGAGUCUGAUGAAGAGAAGCAUCCAGCAGAACCACGGAUGACCUCUUUUGAAGAGGGUGCAAUUUUGUGUAAUUUUCUUCCGCUUAUACGGGAGCACCUGCCAUCGGCUGCUGAAGAAAUCGAAUCAGAUAUUAUUUCACUAGCACAGUCAGAAUAUUCAGAUGUUUAUGACAUCUAUACUGUCAAGGAGGUGGAUGAUACAAACAUGGAGGACACAUCAGCAGCUUCGUAUCCACUGUUACAAGUGGACGAUGACGACAGUGAAUAUUGCAAUGACGAGGAGUAUCCAUACGAGACAGAUGAUUCGAAUGCCGAAGAUAACCCGCUGUACGAUUAUCCUGAAGAAGAGUCAUCAGGGGACGAGGAUAACAGCGGCGAGGACAAGGAUCCUUUUGGGGACACAGACGGCUCAGGUUCCGAGUACGAGAACGAAGAGGUGGAAGGUGAGGAUGAUGAGUAGCGGCGACAGAAAAUUGUGUGCUCAGAAACUGCUUGAGCUGGGUGUGUAGACUCAGUAGUCAGCUGGUGUUGUUGGCCCAAUGAUUUGCAUUCCUAACCCCCACUGUUAUAUAUAAUAGUAACCAGGGGAGUUUGGAGUAUCAAACUGUGAAUUAUAAUUCUUUCGACCACAGUUUGGCUGCUGGUAGUUUGUAGUAGCAGGCUAAGAAGAUGCUUCUUAAACAGGGUUUCCAGAUAGGAUUCUUUUUAAGCAAACUUGCUGUGCUCUAUGCUCUGUGAACCUUGAACUUUGAUCAGAUGCAUACUCCUAGGGCUGGCUAUUCGUUGGUA